AUGCAUGCAUUCCGGCCCCCAUGGUUGCUGAUGCCAAUGAUUGCCGUCCUGUGUUCUAGAGUCCACUCGUUUAGCCACGCUUUUCCAGUGCACGGCUUUCGCCAACUAGUAUUUUGUAGUCACUGUCAGUUGGCGUUCGCAAAAACGUCUGGCGGAGAAAUCACGGAUUCAUACCACGGGAUCUCAUGCAAUAUGGGAACAAUAUCAGUACGACGAAUGCUACCUAACGCCACAAUAUUAGAGUUCGAUAUAGCCUACAAGCUCUACCGCCCAUCGUCGCUGUCAUCUCGUCAAGCGGCUCCAAUCGUUGCCUUACACGGAGGACCGUCAGUGCCAUCAAAUUACUUACUUCCUUUGGUACGGAUUGUUCCGUACCGAUCCAUAUUAUUCUACGAUCAGCUCGGGUGCGGUACCAGCGACGAGCCGAAGGCCGAUGACGGUAUUUAUUCAGUAGGUAACGCAGUCGGCGAUCUCGAAGUAUUACUGAAGCAUCUUGGUGUCCGGCGAUUUCACUUGUACGGACAAUCCUUUGGUGGCAUUCUGGCGUAUGAAUUCUUGAAACGCCAAGCGAGCAAAGAAGUGGACGACGGUAUCGCCGGGGAAGGAUGCCGAUCAGUAAUUUUAUCGUCCACUCCGACGAACGUGAUGCAGAUCGAAGACGAAGCCCGAAGCCUGGUCGAGAAACUGGACAGUCCAGAUUUGUUCCGCGAAACGCACCAGCGUCGGAUCUCUCCAAUGCCACAGGCUUUGACGGACGCGUACGCCUAUGCGGGAACGGCGUGGAGGGGUACCGGAGCGAUUGCCGACUAUAAGGCGACACCUCCAUCAGCAAACAGUCGCAAACUACGAAGCGCGUUAGUACUGCGGGGAGAACACGAUUUUGUCACUGAAGUAUGUGUGGCAGAUUGGAAACGUUCGCUGUGGAAUACGCCGUAUGUACGGGAACGAGUUCUCGAUGGUUGUAGCCACCACGGAUUGCUCGAGAAUGGACCCUUGUAUGGAGAGAUUGUCGACUCCUUUUUUACCGAAUACGAUUGA